AUGGUGAUGGAGUUGGAGUUAAGCAACAUGGAUGAGGUGAUCAUUCCACCGAUUGAUUCCAAAAGCGAUUUGCAGCAAGAAGAGAAAGAACCCUGGCCUGUGCAGGUGGACCCAGAAGAAGUGGAAGCCUCACCGUCAUCCACCGAUUCGAUUCACAUCGAAAUGCCUGAUAUCACACCGGGAACAAUGUUCACCACAACACUCGUCAAAACCGAACACGGUCUUGGCUUCAACAUUAUUGGCGGAACAGAUAGCCAGCAUUUACCUGGAAACAACUGUAUUUUUAUUUCAAUGAUCAAACCGGAUGGAGCCGCGGCGAAGGAUUUGAGGAUCAGGGAAGGAGAUCGAAUUGUAUCGAUGAAUGGCAUCGAAUUGGACGAGCUGAGACACGACGAGGUGGUCACCGAAUUCCAAAAGAUUUCCGUUGGUGGAGAGGCUCGGCUAUUGAUCGAAGCACAAGCCGACUUGAAACUCGUUUCGGAAGCUCACCUCCGACCGCAAACUUUAUCGGAUGAGACGCCCGGCGGUGACUCCCAACCAUCAACAAGUCAACAAGGGCUACUUGCAAAUAUCGACGAGAAACGCCGAAAAAUUGACGUGAUAUCGAUUUUGUCGAGAAAUCAAAACAAUCUCUCGCCCGAUGAUGUCCCGAAAACGCCUAGGAAACCGUUCAGUGUGAUCGAUCCGAGAAAUAAUUCCCUCUUCACCGAGUUGCUCUAUGUCUCAAUCGGUUUGGGUGUGAUCGCCGUUGGAUCGUUCGCCUUUUAUCGAUGGUGGAAUCGGGGAAAA